UGUCCAUUGGAUUAGUAAGCACAAACUAUUCCUUCAUAUAUUUAAAUAAGGUUAUUGAAAAUUAAGCACCAGUUUGUGUGCAAAUCUCACUGCAACUUGACCAUGAUCAGUGUAACCUGGAGCUUCAUCCUUAUUUGGACAAAGAUAGGGCUGUUGCUGAAAAUGGCACCUCAUUUUUCCAGUGCCAAACCAUGCCCUUCUGCGUGCCGCUGUGAUGCAGGAUUCAUUUACUGCAAUGAUCGUGACUUGACUUCUACUCCAACUGGGAUUCCAGGGGAUGCUACAACUCUUUACCUUCAGAACAAUCAAAUUAAUAAUGCUGGGAUUCCUUCCGAGUUAAAAACCUUAAUAAAAGUAGAGAGAAUUUAUUUAUAUCACAACAGCUUGGAUGAAUUCCCUAUCAACCUUCCAAAAUACGUCAAAGAAUUGCAUUUGCAAGAAAAUAACAUAAGGACAAUUACUUAUGAUUCACUGUCACAAAUUCCUUAUCUAGAAGAAUUGCAUUUGGAUGAUAAUUCAGUUUCUGCUGUUAGUAUUGAAGAUGGAGCCUUCCGGGAUAAUAUUUAUCUCAGACUACUUUUUCUUUCUCGAAAUCACCUUAGCACCAUUCCCUGGGGCUUGCCCAAAACAAUAGAGGAGCUGCGUUUGGAUGAUAAUCGUAUUUCCACAAUUUCAGAGCUGUCCCUUCAAGAUCUUACAAAUUUAAAACGCCUAGUUUUAGAUGGAAAUCUCUUAAGCAAUCACGGAUUAGGAGAGAAGGUCUUCACAAAUCUAGUCAAUUUAACUGAACUCUCACUAGUUCGUAAUUCUCUUACAGCAGCUCCAGUAAAUUUGCCAGGCACAAAUCUGAGAAAGCUUUAUCUACAAGAAAACCAUAUCAAUCAUGUACCACCUAAUGCUUUUGCAUAUCUACGGCAAUUAUAUCGAUUGGAUAUGUCAAACAACAAUCUCAGUAAUUUACCUCAGGGUGUCUUUGAUGACCUAGACAAUAUAACCCAGUUGUUUCUUCGCAACAACCCUUGGCGCUGUGGGUGCAAAAUGAAAUGGGUUCGUGAUUGGCUACAGACCCUGCCUCUCAAAGUUAAUGUACGUGGACUGAUGUGUCAAGCACCAGAAAAAGUGCGGGGCAUGGCUAUCAAAGAUCUCAACAAAGAGCUAUUUGAUUGCAAAGAUGAAGAUAUUGUAAGCACGAUCCAAAUUACUGCUUCAAUACCAAACACAUUAUAUCCUGUGCAGGGACACUGGCCCAUUUCUGUGACCAAAUCUCCUGAAAUAAGGACUGUUAAUCCACAUAAAAAUUACAGAACAGCUUCCCCACCACAGGAAAUCAUUACCAUAGUUGUAAAAUCUGUAAGCACGGAGACUAUUCACAUUUCUUGGAAAGUUGCACUACCCAUGACUGCUCUGAGACUUAGUUGGCUCAAAAUGGGUCACAGCCCAGCCUUUGGAUCUAUAACUGAAACCAUUGUUACAGGGGACCGAAAUGACUACCUGCUCACUGCACUUGAGCCAGAUUCCCCAUACCGUGUAUGCAUGGUUCCCAUGGAAACCAGUAACAUCUAUCUAUAUGAUGAAACUCCUGUCUGUAUAGAGACCGAAACUGCUCCUCUUAGAAUGUACAAUCCUACAACAACCCUAAACCAUGAACAAGAGAAAGAACCAUACAAAAACUCUAACUUGCCCUUAGCCGCCAUCAUAGGAGGUGCAGUGGCUCUGGUAACUAUAGCAUUGCUUGCUUUAGUCUGCUGGUAUGUCCACAGGAAUGGUUCCUUGUUCUCAAGAAAUUGUACCUAUAGCAAAGGACGGCGAAGAAAAGAUGACUAUGCUGAGGCUGGAACUAAGAAGGACAAUUCCAUCCUAGAAAUCAGGGAGACUUCUUUUCAGAUGAUCUCUCUGAACAAUGAGCAAGUGUCUAAAGAGGAGUUUGUAAUACAUACCAUAUUUCCACCUAAUGGGAUGAAUCUAUAUAAAAACAACCACAGUGAAAGCAGUAGUAACAGAAGCUACAGAGACAGUGGUAUACCUGAUUCAGAUCACUCACAUUCAUGAUAGUAAGAAAAUGGAAGACUUGGGGUAGUUACUUUUUCUCACAAAGGAAGGCAACUUUACUGGUUGCUGGAGUACUACAGAACACUGGAUUAAAAGACUGUAUAAGCAAUGUAUUGUACAUUUGCCAUAUAAUUUAUAUUUAAGAACUUUUUAUUAAAAGUUUCAAAUUUCAGGUGACUGCUGCGAU